UGCUAUCAACCUUCUUCUCCAUACUUUUAUAUUGCUAAAGCUCUCCCAACAAACUCAUGUAAGUUUGCUAAACAAUCACUUCAUUCUCUUUGAAAAGUUCUGAUUCAUGGAUUUCAGGUGGUGAACUAGUUUCUAUUUUGCCAAAUAGCUAGUUAACUGGAAUGAGAGGAGCAAUGGUUAACUCACCAGCUACAGUAGAGGCUAGGCAUCGUUUAUCUUCAUCAAUCGAAGACAUAUAUAAAAGAAGGUUGCAGAAGAGUAAAGUGAAAGGAAGCGAAAAGGGGUUCCAUGUCCCCAUUCAAGACAGGAGUUCUUGCUGCAAGUCUCCUCUCCUCAAACUUGCACUGAUCAUUGUUAUUUGUUUUACUAUAAUUGCACUCAUGCACCCUCCAGAAGUUGACCAUCUAUCUCACUCUGGUACAAGAUGGAUAUGGGGAGGAUCGGAUCCACGAUACUUAUCGGAUAUAGAUGUUAACUGGGAUGAUGUGAUGAAAGUUAUAGAGAAGUUUGGUGAACAGAAUGACUAUCAAGGAUUUGGCUUUUUGAACUUCAACAAAAGUGAAAUUAAUUAUUGGAAACACCUAAUACCAGAUGUCUCACACCUGGUUCUCCAACUAGAUUAUGCUGAUAGAAACAUAACAUGGGAAUCUUUAUACCCAGAAUGGAUUGACGAAGAACAAGAAACAGAAGUUCCUGUUUGUCCAGUUCUUCCAAAAGUUGAUGUUCCAAGAAAAAGACUUGACCUUAUUGCUGUUAAGCUUCCUUGUCGGAAUGAAUGCAAUUGGUCAAGAGAUGUUGCUCGCUUGCAUUUGCAGGUUGCAGCAGCAAAUCUUGCUGCUGCAGCUAAAGGGUUUUAUCCUGUUCAUUUGCUUUUUAUUACUAGUCGUUUUCCUAUACCAAAUCUUUUUCCUUGCAAGGAACUUGUGGCUCGACAAGGAAACGUGUGGUUGUAUAAGCCUGAUUUGAAUGUUCUGAGAGAGAAACUUCAACUUCCUAUUGGCUCUUGUGAACUUGCUCUUCCUCACAGGGAUAAAGAACCAUUUUAUUCAGGAAAUCCACGGCGAGAAGCAUAUGCAACAAUUCUCCAUUCUGCUCAUGUUUAUGUCUGUGGAGCCAUUGCAGCAGCUCAAAGCAUUCGCUUGUCAGGCUCAACAAGAGACCUCGUAAUUCUAGUUGAUGAAUCGAUCAGUUUAUAUCACAAAAGUGGACUUGAGGCUGCAGGAUGGAAGAUCAGGACAAUACAAAGAAUAAGAAAUCCAAAAGCCGAAAAAGAUGCAUACAAUGAAUGGAAUUAUAGCAAGUUUCGGCUAUGGCAGUUAACGGAUUAUGACAAAAUCAUUUUCAUCGAUGCAGAUUUGCUUAUAUUAAGAAAUAUUGAUUUCUUAUUUGGAAUGCCAGAAAUUUCUGCAACAGGAAACAAUGCUACUCUUUUUAACUCCGGAGUUAUGGUAAUUGAGCCUUCAAAUUGCACAUUUAAGCUACUAAUGGAACAUAUAAAUGAGAUAGAAUCCUACAAUGGUGGAGAUCAAGGUUAUUUGAAUGAAAUAUUUACAUGGUGGCAUAGGAUUCCAAAGCACAUGAAUUUCUUGAAACAUUUCUGGGUUGGUGAUGAAGAACAAGUUAAAAACAAGAAAAUUCGGCUUUUCGGUUCUGAUCCUCCAGUACUUUAUGUUCUUCAUUAUCUUGGAGUAAAGCCAUGGCUUUGUUUCAGGGAUUAUGACUGUAAUUGGAAUGUAGAUUUCUUUCAAGAGUUUGCAAGUGAUAUUGCUCAUGAAAGGUGGUGGAAAGUGCAUGACGCAAUGCCUCAACAGUUGCAUCAGUUUUGUUUACUGAAAUCAAAGCAAAAAGCUCAGUUAGAGUAUGACAGGAGACAAGCUCAGAAAGGAAAUUACUCGGAUGGACAUUGGAAGAUACAAAUCAAAGAUUCAAGAUUAAAGAAAUGUGUUGAUAAUCUUUGUUCUUGGAAGAGUAUGUUACGACAUUGGGGUGAAACCAAUUGGACUGAUGAUGACUUUUUCAAUCCAACACCUCCUGCUAUUUCUACAGCUUCUUUAACUGGGUUAUGACCUCCUUUUAUUUUAAUGUAAAUUAUACAGAAAAUACUUUUUUUUUUUCUUUUAUUUUCUGUCUUCAUUUUGAGGCAUAAGAGUUUUUUAGACUCAUUCUGUUCUGGAGGAACAGAGAUCUUUGAGGCUGCGUUUUUUUAUAGUGUACCUUUGUUUUUUGCAAGUUCUUAUUAGAGUUAUUAUAUAUUGUACAAUUUUCUCAAUGCUAUAAAUUUUCUCCUACUUACUUACAGUCA